UCAAGUUACACAGUUUGCUUACAAAUAUAUGGCCCCAAAAUAUGACAAAAUAUCGAUGAGGUUCGAUCGAGCUGGCGAUUCUUCAUCAACAACAGCAGCUGUGAUCUUUGUUUCUGAUUCGAAUUUCAAUCUUCUCGAACAUGAUCCGAUUCAUAUUGCUCCAGAAUAGGCAGGGGAAGACUCGUCUAGCUAAGUAUUACGUUCCCCUCGAGGAAUCUGAGAAACACAAGGUCGAAUACGAGGUUCAUAGGUUGGUUGUCAAUAGAGAUCCCAAGUUCACCAACUUCGUUGAGUUCCGUACCCACAAGGUAAUCUAUAGGCGAUAUGCUGGGUUGUUCUUCUCACUGUGUGUUGAUAUAACCGACAACGAAUUGGCUUAUUUAGAAAGCAUACACUUGUUUGUGGAGAUUUUAGAUCAUUUUUUCAGCAAUGUGUGUGAGCUGGAUCUGGUAUUCAACUUCCACAAGGUAUAUUUGAUCCUAGAUGAGUUCAUCCUAGCAGGGGAGCUGCAAGAAACAAGCAAAAAGGCGAUUAUAGAAAGAAUGGGGGAACUUGAAAAGCAAGAGUGAAGAUAUUUGUGUUUCUAUGCAAUCGGGUUUUUCAUUUAUUGAAAAUUCAGCUCAUCGCGGAAGUCCUUGUUCAAAACUUUGAAUAUGAGAGGCAUUAUUCUCUUAGUAAAAAACUGUUUGUAAUCAACUGUUGUUUUAAUACAUCUCCAGGAUAAGAAAUGCUUCUUUUCUGAUUA